CAUCACUGUACUUGUAGACUAACACCCCUUCCCACACAUCCCCACUUUCUACAGCCUAUAACUUCCAUAUUUGCGUCUUUCACAUGAAUCUCGUGCCUUCAUUCCUUAUUUUCCGUGAUGAUAUCAUGACUCCGUAGCCCUGCAGCUUGGGUUUUAGAGAGAUUGAGCCAUCGAGUUACAGAGCGGGGGAGAAGGCUAUCCAGUCUCCCAGCUGCAUGCUCUCUAAUAACCAAAGCCUCGGAGAAGAGAGGAGAGGGAGAGGGAGGGGGACUCAAUAGGGAGGCAAUGAAACGGACUCAUCCGCGUAACUAGACACUACCAGUCCAGUUCAGUGCUCAGAGCAUGCGAGAGCGUAGCUCGACCAACCGCAUUCAGUUAUAUCUACAAAGGAAUAGAGAGGGAGAAAAUUGAAGUGUUCCAGCCUGGGGAGUCGGCGAGGAAAGGAGCAAGACAUAGGCUACUGGGGGCUUUCGAGCGUCACGGGCAUAUACACCCCGUGUCCAGAAUUUACGGCCAUUCUUGGCAUCAGCCUGUUGUACAAAAUUGCGGAUUUAUAACUGAGUGAAUUCGGGGAUAGUCAUCGACAGUCCUAUCCUUCACAAUGAAGAAAAACAAUUCAGCUAAACGGGGCCCGCAGGACACAAACCAGCACAACACGCAGCCAGACAAAAUCGGUUGGAUUCGCAAGUUCUGUGGCAAAGGGAUAUUUAGGGAGAUCUGGAAAAAUCGUUUUGUAAUACUCAAAGGGGACCAACUUUACAUCUCAGAGAAAGAGGUGAAGGAUGAGAAGAAGAUCCAGGAGGUGGUUGACCUGACGGAUUACGAGCGUUCUGAGGAGCUCCGCAAGGCCAAGAGCCGCAGCAAGAAGAACCACAGCAAGUUCACCCUGCUGCGCUCCAGAACCCCAGGCAACACGGUCCCUAACCUGGUGUUCCUGGCUGUUAGUCCAGAGGAGAAGGAGUCCUGGAUAAACGCCUUAAAUGGAGCAAUCACCAGAUCCAAGAACAGCAUCCUGGAUGAGGUCAUGGUUGAGGAUGAAAACCUUCUGUCCCACCUCACACGGGACAGGGCUAAGAUCCCUCACACACGGCGCCUGCCUACACGAGGACACAUCAUGGCUGUGGCCUCCACUUCUACCUCUGACGGCAUGUUGACCCUUGACCUGAUCCAGGAGGAGGACAGCCCCAGCACAGACGGCCAGGACACCUGUGACAAGAGCUUCCGGGCCAACCUGGACAAAUCCACUCAGCUCGACUGCCUCAGGUCCAUAACAGAGGGUGCCAUCAGUAGCAUCUGUCUAACGCCUCCCACAGAGGUCACUGGGAAGUCCCAGAGCCUGCCGCGCGAUACCGGGGUCACCUGGGACGAUAAACAGCAACUUCAGAGCCCGAUGGGGAAGUCCUGCACUCCUCAGCCAGGCAAGAGGCUCACACCGGCCGAGAAAAGCCGCUGCGCCUCCAUGGACGAGAUCCUCUCACACUCCGGGACGCAGGCCACCAAACCCAGGACAUCCAUCCCCCGCUCUGCCACCUCUGCCCCCCCGGGCAACCUGCCGCCCAUCAGCCAGCUGCAGGACCUAAUCGCUCAGAAGCUGGAGCGAACUCAGGAGCUGCUGAUGCAGGUGCAGGGGGCGAAGGGGGAGGAGGUGGAGCGGGGGAAGGGGAAAGGGAAGGACUCGCCAGGUUCCAAGGGCUCCAAGAGUUCCUCGGACGGGGCCCGGGCGGAGGCAGAGAGGCUGCUGAAGGAGGCAGCGUCCACAUGGGGUCAGGCCAAGGAUGUUCUAGAGGAGGUGAAGGAGCUGAGGGCGCUCUACCGUCAGCUGGACUCGCUGCCCACCACCCCUGCCUCCCUCUCACCCCUCACACCCUCUAACAGCGGCAAGCAGACUGACUACAGGAAGAGCAUGAUGUGACCGUCAGAGAACUCAACACAGACUGGACUAUGAAUCCCUGAGCAAAAAAACAACUCAACAUGCAAAGCCACAAUAUUGUUAAAUAUGUCUGUUUCUCUCCUUCUGUGUUCUUUCACUUUAUUGAUGCUGUGACAAAGUGAGGACAUUCAGUUGCCCAACGACGUCCCCUGUGCUUGACCACUGUGCCCUUACAUGUCUGCUUGAUGAAGGGUGCGGGGGGCAAAGGGAAGGGGCCAAUCUAGGGACUCAGGUACAUGUUGGCCAGGGAGUCUCUCUGUAUUGACCUGCUGAUGAAAGACCUUGUGAUGCUGCAGUGUCGGUGUUGUUUUUGCAAGGUUUGGGCGGGGAAUCAGAAGGGCUCUGCUCUCCAGGGACAGACACACAGUGGUUGAGGAUGGCUCAGAUUACAGGAAGGGAAACAUGGUGUCCAGACCAGCCCGUAUGUUGGGAAUGUCAAUGUUUUCCUUUUUCUGUUACACAACACACUGGAAGGUUGGUCUGAGCCAGAUUCCCAACGACCACCACUCUAAAAACCAACAGCAGCCCACCGUACAGUACAGCAUUCUCCCUCCCUCCCUCUGCUGCUCUGGGAAUGGAGCUCAGUGGACUCCUCAUCUCUGCUGGUCCAUUAUGAUUCAUAGGGACAAGGGGAACCGGUUCACAUAGUCAGAACUCACUGGCGUUCCAUAGGGUGUUUCUGUCUGUUCCAUGAGCCAUAUGAUACAGUCAAAAUGGAGGACGUCUGUCUGGGUUGUGUUGUUACUAGAUGGUACAUACUAGGACAGGGCUGUUCCUUUCCUGUAGGCCGACAGCCAGUUGUCUUCAGCCAGUUGCCACUGCAGCCAUUGAUUCUCAUGCUGCUGUAGAGCCAUGGAGCCGGGAUGGCAUCUGUGUGUGUCUGGUGGGAGUGGUGAUGAUCAUGCUACUGUAGAGCCAUGGAGCCGGGAUGGCGUCUGUGUGUGUCUGGUGGGAGUGGUGAUGAUCAUGCUACUGUAGAGCCAUGGAGCCAGGAUGGCGUCUGUGUGUGUCUGGUGGGAGUGGUGAUGAUCAUGCUACUGUAGAGCCAUGGAGCCGGGAUGGCGUCUGUGUGUGUCUGGUGGGAGUGGUGAUGAUCAUGCUACUGUAGAGCCAUGGAGCCGGGAUGGCAUCUGUGUGUGUCUGGUGGGAGUGGUGAUGAUCAUGCUACUGUAGAGCCAUGGAGCCGGGAUGGCGUCUGUGUGUGUCUGGUGUGAGUGAUGAUUAUCAUGCUACUGUAGAGCCAUGGAGCCGGGAUGGCGCCUGUGUGUGUCUGGUGUGAGUGGUGAUUAUCAUGCUACUGUAGAGCCAUGGAGCCGGGAUGGCGUCUGUGUGUGUCUGUUGUGAGUGGUGAUUAUCAUGCUACUGUAGAGCCAUGGAGCCGGGAUGGCGCCUGUGUGUGUCUGGUGUGAGUGGUGAUUAUCAUGCUACUGUAGAGCCAUGGAGCCGGGAUGGCGUCUAUGUGUGUCUGGUGUGAGUGGUGAUUAUCAUGCUACUGUAGAGCCAUGGAGCCGGGAUGGCGUCUGUGUGUGUCUGGUGUGAGUGGUGAUUAUCAUGCUACUGUAGAGCCAUGGAGCCGGGAUGGCGUCUGUGUGUGUCUGGUAUGAGUGGGAGGCAUGACAUAGAGGUCAGAUGCAGUACUGAGGAGAGGAACCACUUGUAAGUGAUUUGCUAAAAUAGUAAUAAUAACAGAAUUGCACUAUGAAGGAAGGCUGUAAAACAAGAGGAUGAAACUGGUGGGUGGAAACUGGAGAGAACAGAUGUGUCUAAUAUGGCUUUUCAUUCUGUUCUACAUAUUUGUUACGACAAUCUAGUGUUUGUAGAAACAUACAGGCUGCAUAGUUCCAAUGCCUUGAUACCUAAGACAGUCGCUCAACUCGCUACUCUUUGAAAAUCGGAGCUUCUCAAAGGUACAAUGUGUGUAAACAAUGCUGUUGAUGAACGCAUCCCUCCGGCUAGCUAACAGUGAUGCUAAUGCUUGACCUCUGACCUCCCUGUCCUACUUAAGGACUUAUAGGGUUUAUGGCAGAGAAGAGAGCUAUGCAACGUAGCACGAACACACACAACCACAACGAGAGAGAGAGAGAGAGAGAGAGAGAGAGAGAGAGAGAGAGAGAGAGAGAGAGAGAGAGAGCAAGAGAGAGAGAGAGAGAGCAAGAGAGAGAGCAGCGGCCAAUGGAGUGCGUCACCUGAUCAAAACAUCCAGUGCGUCUCUCCAGAGCACCCCGUCUUGUUUUAUAGUCAGUAGCUACAUAUGUUAUGUGUUUGCACAGUGCUGUGGAAAUGGUUCUCUCUGGACUGUCAGACAGACAACAAAAACAGUGUUAUGAUUAUGUUGUUAUCAUUGUUUGUGUUUUUUAUUUGUUUAAAAUGCUUUUGUAGGAUGAUUUAAGGCACGCUUUAGAGAAGAAAUGGCCGGGGCAUUCUAGAACGUUCAGGCUCUUAGAAUGCUCAACUGGAAACUCUGCAUAUUGUAGUGUUACUCUGUUUGUUCAACCAACAACCACAACCCAAUAACAGAAGUCAAAAAUCAUUAACGUUGAAGUUGGAUAUGGACAUAAGAGGGUGAGGUGAGAAAGGUAUGUUAGAAAGAACACAACAAGAAACAUUUAACUGAGUAGGCCAUAAACAAGAUUUUUACUAGUAUGUCUAUUAUUGUUGUUAUUUCGUUUUAUCUGGGAUGAAGUACUAUCUUGUGUGAGGCUGAACACAAAACCUAACGUUUGUGCAAUCCUGAAAAGAUUGAUAUGACCGCCGAUGCACUGUACAUACUCGGAGCAGUUUGAACCAUCUCAAAGGAUGUUGCUGUAUUUUCUUAUUGCGUUGCAUUAUGACGGAGACGGAAGUGGCUUUGCUUUGCACUGAAGUUCAUCACUUCUGGACUGUCAAAGUACUUGAGACAUAACCACUUGUGCAAUUAUAACAAUCAGCCUAAUUCAGACAACCAGUGUUCUACAUUGAAUGUUUGCUUUUUUAAGUCAAAACCUAGCCGAGAAUUGUAAUAAAAUGAUUUUUGUAUGUCCAUUCAGAAGAAUACCCUAACUGGAAUAUAGGGCUGGUUUUCAUAGGAAAUGCUGAGGUAGGAAGUGAUUGAUCCAAGCAUUGUUUUUGUGGCAGCAAUAAUACCAUCUUCAAGCUAUGCCAAAGAUAAUAUGGCUGUACAAGGAAAUAAAAUGAUUCCCAUUGAAAUACUUUGAUAAUGUAAAUAAGGAUGUUUCAUAUUUUCUAGUUGACAAUGUGAAUGUCAGCCUACUUGUUCUGACAACCAUACCACAUGUUGUGUGAAAUGGUUGGUCACACCAACUCCAACCUUAAUAAUCCAUCAAACACCAAGUCAAUUUACCCUCUUCUACAGCUGGCAAUGCAUUCUGGGAUAUAAUAAUAAUAUAAUAUAUGCCAUUUGGCAGACAGUUUUUAUGUAUGGGUGGCCCCUGGAACCGAACCCUCAGGUAUGGCAGUACAAGCACCAUGCUCUACCACCUGAGCCAUACAGGACCAGGAUACAGGAUCUGUGGCCACAAGUUGUGAAAUCCAGCCAAUAUUGGCCACACAUGGUCACACACAAAUGCAUAACAUUCAAUCAAGACUGUUUUCUUAUUUCUGUAAGGUGAAAUGUCUUCCUUCGUUUUAUAUAUGACAUGUUAUGUUGUCAUAUUUUCAGUUUCCUUUCCAAUUUUGUUCACCAAAUGUGGGUCUGGCACCAAAACAGUAGCUACCGCAGCCUUAAAUACCAGGAGGAAUGUAGGAAAGUUACUCAGCAACUACAAUGAUUGUCCCCCAGCUAUUUACAAAAUCCUAAUUCUUGUGCAUUAUGGAUGAGAUGAAGAUUGUACCAUAGGAAUACAAUAGCAGAGUACGAGCUAGGUGGCUUACUAGAUGGGAAUGGAGAAGGCAUUGUACACAGACUCAGAGGUUUAAAUCCUGCUCCCUCAGGGUUCCAUUUUAAUAAAUUGUGCUAAACAAAAUAAAUGGAGGAUUUACUUUCUCUUCA